UUUCUAUCUCGUUGUGAUUUAGGUUAUUUGCGUUAAAUUAAUUUUGUUUUUACUGUGUGACAUUUAAGCUACUAUUAUGGAUUCAAAAGUCGUUCUCAAAGAGAAGAAUCCGCACGACAAAGCAAACAUUUUAUCGAAAUUAUUCCUCUUAUGGAGUUUCUCCCUGUUUCGCAAAGGAUUCAAAAGUAGUCUUACAAUAGAAGACUUGUUUCAAGCACGCACGGGCGACCACUCAGGCCGAUUGGGCGAUCGUUUGGAAGAAGCGUGGCAAAAGGAACUCAACAAUGCGCGACACAAUGGUACAAGACCUUCACUCUCAAGGGCUAUUGUCAGAUCUUUUUGGUUUGAAUACAUGAUAUGCGGAUUUUUCGUCGGCAUUUUAUUUAUUGUUUUAUGGCCGUUAAUCCCUUACACGUUAGCGUUAUUCAUCGGAUACUUCGCUGAUGAGAAGACAAUUGAAAAUUACAGAAAUGCUCACAUUUACAAUUUCCUAUUGAACUUCUUCAGUAUUACAACAGCUGUCAUACUAAAUCAUGUUUAUUUGAUGCAAGGCUGCGUCGGUAUGAGAGUGAGGAUAGCGUGUUGUUCAUUAAUAUUCAGAAAGAUUUUGAAGCUUAACCGAACAGGUCUUAAUAAAACGGAAGCUGGACAAGUUAUAAAUUUAAUGUCGAACGAUGUGAAUCGCUUCGACUUGGUGGCCACGUUCCUGAACUACAUCUGGGUGAUGCCGAUAGUGGUGACGGUUGUUUCGUAUCUCGUAUGGCAGCACAUAGGCUGGGCCACGCUCGCCGCGCUUGCUGUUAUAUUCCUACAGACAGUUCUUGUUCAAGCGUAUUUGAGUAACCUACAAGGAAAAUUUAGAGGGAAGAUUGCGAAUCGAACCGACGAAAGAGUCAAGGUUAUGAGCGAACUUGUUAACGGAGUGCAGGUCAUUAAGAUGUACGCCUGGGAGAAGCCAUUCGAGAAACUGGUCGACAAAUUGCGCAGAAUAGAAGUAGGCUUCAUACUGAAGACUUCGUUCAUCAAAGGAUUCUCAACCGCCCUGAGUGUGUUCACGGAACGGUUUAUAUUAUUUGCGGCGGUGGUUGCUUUCGUGGUAAUGGGUGGUUAUAUACGCGCAGAGAUCACCUUCUCACUAGUACAGUACUUCAAUCUGCUUCAGCUCGCAUGCAAUAUACUCUUUCCAAUGGCGUUGUCAUUCCUGGCUGAAGCUAUGGUUUCCAUCAGGAGAUUAGAGGAUUUCCUAUCAUUAGAUGAAUUGGAAUCAGCAAAGGCUAAGGAAGUUUAUUCCUUCGCUCUCAACGGUCAAGGCCUUAUCAGUAAUGGUGCGGAUAAAGAGAAACAUAUAGAAAAAGAUAAGAGCCAGCCAACAGGACUAACGCUGGCUAACGUCAGUGCGAGCUGGCAAGAGAAUCCUAUCGUGGAAACGUUGAGAAACAUUACAUUGACUGUCAAACACGGAGAGUUCUUAGGUGUGGCUGGACUUGUUGGAUCUGGAAAGUCGUCACUUUUACAACUGAUCUUGGGUGAGUUGGAGCCAUCACAUGGCACCGUGUCUUUGGGUGGCGGUAAAAUAUCAUACGCCAGUCAGGAGCCUUGGCUGUUCGUCGCCUCAGUCCGACAGAAUAUUUUAUUCGGCCUGCCCUACGACCGCGUUCGUUAUAAAAAGGUGGUGUCGGCGUGCGCUCUGGUGCGAGACUUUGAGCUGCUGCCGGCGGGCGACGCGACGCUGGUCGGCGAGCGCGGCAUCAGCCUCAGUGGCGGACAGCGCGCGCGCAUCGGUCUCGCACGUGCCUGCUACAGACAGGCGGAUAUAUAUUUGCUGGACGAUCCCCUGUCGGCCGUAGACACACACGUCGGCAAGCACCUGAUGGCGGAGUGCGUCCUGGGCCUGCUGAAGGGCUCCACGAGGAUCCUCGUCACACACCAACUGCACCACCUCAGAGCGGCUGAUAACCUCAUCAUUUUGCGAAAUGGUGAAAUCGAGACUCAAGGUAGCUUCGAAGAAGUGUCGCGAUCUCCUCUAUUUGAGGAGCUGUUGGAGGAAGAUGAGCAGCCGCAAGAGGACAGCGCGGCCAAGGCACGCUCCGAGCAAAUGCGACAACGCACUAUGUCUAUUAAGUCACACAUAAGUACGAGCACGCUGGCGGAGGGCGAAGGCAAUCAGGACGAACCUGGCGAAACCGAUGAGCUCAUGGAAAAAGGUCGUGUAUCGGGCUCUGUAUACUUGAAGUACUUCCGCGCGGGCGGAGGCUGGCCGCUGCUCAUCUUCACAAUGAUCUCGAUCGUAGCCGCGCAAGUCGUCACCUCAUUCGGUGAUCUCUGGCUUACAAGUUGGAUGAACAAAGUAGAAGCGAGGCAUGCGAGAUUACACACCGAAGUCAAUGAUACAAUGUUAACUAAUCCCUUGAAUUACACCGACUCGUUUACCAAUAUUACGGAACUACCGAGCUUUAUGGAUGACGUAACGGACGAUACGAUCUCAACGACAAAUCCGAACCAUACCAUUAUCGGUACAAUGCUAAAGACGGCUGUUACUAUGCAGAAUAUAACCCUGACCGAUCUGGAGCCAUUCGAUAAUAACUUUUAUAUCUACAUUUGGGCAGCUGCUAUAUUUGGAUGUAUUAUUUUAACUACAGAAAGAUCGUUAUUAUUCCUGUGGGUGUGCAUGCGUAGCUCUAUAAAGCUACAUAACUUGAUGUUCAGUAACAUUUUAUCGGCUACGAUGCGUUUCUUCGACACCAACCCCUCCGGUCGUAUCUUGAACAGAUUCUCUAAAGAUAUGGGCGUCGUCGACGAGAUAUUACCCAGGAUGAUAUUAGACAGCAUGCAGAUGUUCAUGGUGAUGUUCGGUAUUCUAAUAAUGGUGGCGAUCGUGAACCCUUACAUGUUGGUGACGACGGCUGUUUGCGGUAUCUUCAUGUACCUCUGGACGGUCGUCUACCUCAGCACCGCGCAGGCUAUUAAGAGGGUGGAGGGCGUGUCUCGCAGUCCGGUGUUCUCGCAUGUGUCGGCCACAAUGUCGGGGUUGCCGACAGUGCGCGCCUGCAGCGCAGAGGAGAUGCUGCGCGUACAGUUCGACGAGAAACAAGACGUGCACACUGCCGCCUGGUAUCUAACAUUGGUAACGAAUACAGCGUUCUCGCUUUGGCUAAGUCUCAUAUCGGCGUCAUAUGUAGUCAUCGUCGCUUACACUUUCUUACUGUUGGACGAUGGUACGACAAAGUCGGGUGACGUCGGUCUGGCGCUAUCGCAGGGCCUGAUCCUGGUGAACAUGGUGCAGCACGGCAUCAAGCAGGCGACGGAGGUGAUCUCGCAGAUGACGAGCGUGGAGCGCGUGGUGCAGUUCACGUCGCUGCCGCAGGAGGAGAGCGCGGGCCCGCCGCCGCCCCCCGCCUGGCCGCAGCGAGCACGACUCGUCUUCAAGGAUCUAUAUCUCAGAUACGACCGAGAAGCGGAACCCGUGCUCAAGAAUCUCAAUAUCGUUAUCGAAAGUGGUUGGAAGGUGGGAGUGGUGGGUCGCACGGGCGCCGGCAAGUCCUCGCUCAUCUCUGCGCUGUUCCGUCUCGCGCCAAUCGACGGACAUGUCUACAUCGAUGACGUCGAAACUGGCUCCAUCGCGCUUAAGGACCUUAGGUCGAAGAUCGCUAUCAUCCCGCAGGAGCCGGUGCUGUUCUCGGCCAGCUUGCGGUACAACAUGGAUCCCUUCGACAAGUACACCGACGCCGAGAUUUGGAAAGCAUUAGAGCAGGUGGAACUAAAGCAGAGCGUGACGUCGCUGUCCGCGGAGGUGACUGCGGGCGGCGGCAACUUCAGCGCGGGCCAGCGCCAGCUCGUGUGUCUGGCGCGCGCCGCGCUCGCCCGCAACCGUCUGCUCGUGCUCGACGAGGCCACCGCCAACGUAGACCCCAAUACGGAUGCACUGAUCCAGAAGUCGAUCCGCAAGCACUUCUCGGAGUGCACGGUGAUCACGGUAGCGCAUCGCCUGCACACCGUCGCCGACUCAGAUCGCGUCAUCGUAAUGGAAGCUGGUCAAAUAGUUGAAUCAGGUCAUCCUCACGAGCUGCUGCAGAAGAGCGACGGCCACUUUGUACGCAUGGUGAAGCAGCUCGGCCCCGCCUCCGAGCAGAGUUUGCGGAACGUUGCUCGUAGCGCGUACGCAGAACACAUAAAAUACGUAGACGCCGACGAACAACUGCAAUAGAACUAUAUUGUUCUUCGAAAUGACAGACCCCCUGAAAAAUAUCCGCUA